AUGGAUCUUGCAGCUGGCAUGGAGGAAAAUGUGCCUGCAUCUGCAUCUGCACCUACACAGAGCAUAGAGCGCUAUGCAGAUGACGGAGACCUGGUGCUUCAGGUUGAUUCCACCAUUUAUAAAGUACAUCGGUCGCUGUUUUGCAUGCAUUCGGAGGUAUUUGCAGGCAUAUUUACCCUUCCAAGCCAGCUAGAAGGGUCUUCCAAUGAGCAUCCGAUGAAAUUGGAGAUUGUCACAUUUCCUGAAAAUCAGCCAGUGUCGAGUCAAGAUAUAGACUACCUGCUGGACUGGCUCUACAAUAAGUGUCCCACCUACCUAGUAAAAAUGCUCCUUGCAGUCUUGUGA